AUGGCCACCGGCGCCGCAGAUGGAUUUCUCAGGCCAAUCUACGAAGGUAGCAUUUCCGGAUACGACCACAACGUGGAGCGUCGUCCUUACCAUCGCAAAUGCGGUUGUACGCUUCAUAGCAAAUCCAGAAAGUUAUGCGCACAUAAAUCUCCAAUUUCUAACGGCAAAGUAACGUAUCCUUUUAGGAGAGCAUGGAGUGAAGGAAAUUUGGCUUUGUCUGCUUCAGCUUAUUCUUCUCUUUCUCCUUCUCCUUCUACUUCUCCGACUCUUCAUGGUGGUGUGAAAUCUCGACGAAGUUAUUUGGAUCUUGAGAAUCAAUUUGAUGAUAAAAUUUGUGGUUUGUUUGAGAUCAAAGAAUCGUUUUAA